AUGGAUACUGCGCGAGAAAGGGAAGUAGGGCCGAGAAGCUCCAGAGAAAGAGAACUCGAGGCUAAAAUGAGAAUUACCGAGAGAGACACUGAUGUACUUUUGAGAACGCUAGGGGGUAUCGUGAAAAGUUUUGAUGGUUUGGGACAGGUGGCUAGACUGAGGUGGGAGAGUGUCAAUGGGAGGGAUAGAGGAGUGAGGUCUAGUGUUAUUGGUAUUAGUGGGGCCGCCGGAGAAGAAAGUAAUGGGAAGAUGUUUGGUUUUGGGGAGAGAAACGAGGGGAAUAGGAGGAGAGCAGCUACUACUGGGAUGGAGAUGGGCAUGGGUAUGGAGGACAUGGAUAUAGAUUUGGUGAUGAGGGGGAUUCAGGGAGCGGCCCCGAAUGUCAGCAAUGAGAGUUUGAGGGUGCGAGGUAGAGAAGUGGAAGAGGAUGGGUUUGCGGUGUUUCUGUGA